UCUCCAUGCUCUCGACUCUCCUCUCAGAGUCUCCACCAUCCUCCUCGCCUCCUAUCUCUGUUGCCGCUCUCACCACUCCCCCAGUGCCCCCAACAGCAACCACCACCACCACCGCAGCAACCACACACCUCGACGCCUGGCUGAAGCUGAACGGCUCGUGCCCGGUUUCCAGGAACUUGCCGCUGCCAACCCCGCUGUCCACGCCGCUCUCGGAGGUCGUUUCACUCUCGCAGUACGCCGUGGGUCGGAGGCGGAGUAGGUGAUAAGAUUUGAAUGGUGGGACUAUCUCUUGGAGAAAAGCACUUCAUACAGGGUGGUAUUGCUCAAGACCUUCGUUCUGAUGGUCGAAAGAGAUUAACUUACCGUCCUAUUUGUGUUGAAACUGGAUUUAUACCCCAGGCAAAUGGUUCAGCAAGAGUCAGGAUGGGGGCAACAAAUGUUAUUUCCAGUGUGAAGGCUGAACUUGGAAAGCCGAGUUCAUUGCAACCUGACAAAGGAAAGGUCACCAUAUAUGUUGACUGCAGUCCAACUGCAGAACCAAUGUUUGAGGGUAGAGGGGGUGAUGAGUUGUCAAUGGAACUCUCAGUUGCUCUUCAGCGUUGUCUCUUGGGUGGUAAAAGUGGAGCUGGGGCUGGAAUUGAUCUCUCAUCUCUAAUAGUUGUGGAGGGAAAAAUUUGCUGGGAUCUUUAUAUUGAUUGCCUUGUUAUUAGUUCAGAUGGGAAUCUGCUAGAUGCCCUAGGCGCUGCUAUUAAGGCUGCUUUGAGCAAUACAGGCAUUCCAAGGGUUAAUGUUGCAGUUGGUGCGUCAGGCGAUCAGCAACCAGAGGUUGAUAUUAGUGACGAAGAAUUUCUGCAGUUUGACACAUCAAACAUCCCUGUCAUCGUUACAUUAACAAAGGCGGGUAGGCACUAUAUUGUAGAUGCCACUUCAGAAGAGGAAUCCCAAAUGAACUCCGCCGUCUCUAUUUCAGUCAACAGGAAAGGACACAUUUGUGGGCUGACUAAACGAGGUGGUGCAGGCUUAGAUCCUAGCAUCAUUCUCGACAUGAUAUCUGUGGCAAAACAUGUCAGUGACCAGCUAAUAAACAAAUUAGAUUCUGAGAUUGCUGCCGCCGAAGCUGAUGAAGACGAAUCGUGACAUUGUUAUUAGCCCCUCUUCCCUCUUGACUGUUUUAAGAAGUCGUAGUUUUGAUAACUUAUCUAGGUGAUGAAGGUAGAAUGAAAUGUUGUACAAUUUGCAUUUUUUUUAAAAACUAUUGUCAGAUUUGUGCUA